AUGCCAGCGAUGGGAUUCGAAGAGCGGCUCAGGCGCAUGUGUGAUCGAGCCAGGCAGAUUGACGAGGCGGCGGGGAAGGGCAUGUCUGACAGCGAGAAGCAGCAAUGCCUGGAGGAGCAGAGGGAGGAGGUGGAGGCUCUUCAGUCCAUUUUCGAUUCCGACUUUGAGCCCAUCUGGCCCGCAUCCUCCUCCUCCUCCCCCUCCUCACCCUCCUCCGCCUCUGCUCCCCAAGAAACGGCCGCCUCCAAUUUCACAACCUCGCCUUACAACUGCUUCAUGAUUGACAUCCGCAUCACGCUGGCGCGCCUCUGCGCCCAGCUGGACGCCACGUGGCAGCAGCAGAGUGGCCUGGUCGUGCUGUACACAUGGGCAGCGUGGCUUGGCGAGGAGACCCUGGGAUGCCUUGGGAUUGGCCAAGACCUGAGGCUUACGGGUGGGGAGGGAUGGGGCGGAUCGGCAGGAGGAGGAGAAGGAGAAAGAAAGGGAGAAGCAUCAGCAGCAGGAGCUGCUGCGUUGUCGUGCUUAUGCCAAGAUGCACCAGUGGGGGGGGCAGCAGUGGGGAACGCAGCAGCAUUUGGGGUCACACCUGUGGCCAGCGAGCCAGCAGGGUACUGUAGGGCAGUGUACGAGGGCAUGUCGCUACAGGACGACCUGGCUCUCCUCAAGCGGUGGAGCAAGGAGAUGGACGACCGGGUGUUCCGGGCAUCUCUCCACGCGGCGUUUGCAGAGGCGCAUGUGGCUGAGGGGAACCUGCAGGCGCUCAAGUGCCCCGACACCAAGUGCCGUGCUCCCCUCUCCUACGGUAGAUGCAUUGCCGGACAUUGCCUUCUGCCCGCGCUGCUGCACCCACAGUCCCCUCUUUCCCCUCUGUUUCCCGGCCCCAUAGAUUUCCUGCGCACACUCCUCCCUGCUCCUCUCUUCUCUCGUUGGGAGCAACUAUCCCUUCCACGUUCCCCAGACGCCAUGCCGGUCAUUGCCUUCUGCCCGCGCUGCACCCACAGUCCCCUCUUCCCCCCGCUUCCCCCCCACCCCCCUGUUACCAAUUGGACAGAUAUCCUGCGCACCCUGCUCCCCCAGCCCCUAUUCUCCCGUUGGGAGCAACUGACUCUUCAACGAUCCCUAGACGCCAUGCCUGACAUUGCCUUCUGCCCGCGCUGCUCCCAGCCGGCCGUGGAGGACCCAUCAGACCACCACGCGCUGUGCCCCGGGUGCUUCUUCUCCUUUUGCGGGGUGUGCCGCGAGGGAUUUCACCGAGGCAGGAGCUGCAUCACUCCAGAGCUUGCUCUCAAACUCAUGAAGUUGCGGAAGCAGGAGCGAGCUUUGGCAGAGGAGGAGUUGAGGAAGCAUAAGGACCUCGAGCAACAAGUACUUAGUCUCAAGCUGGUGGAGGAAUCAAGUGUGCAGUGCCCCAUGUGCAGCACGGCCAUCAGCAAGAGCGAGGGGUGCAACAAGAUGGUCUGCCCCACCUGCAACACCUUCUUCUGCUACCGCUGCCACGAGCGCAUCGACGGUUACGACCACUUCACGGAGGGAAAGUGUGUGUUGUUUGAGGCAGCGGAGAUAGAGCAGUGGGAGAUGCAGAUGGCAGCCAUGGCUGAAGCACAGCGCCACAACCAACGAGCCGCGCCGCCCCUUGGAGCGGAUGGCAGGCCGCUGCUUGCGAGACGCUGCCCCAAUUGCCGUCAAUUCAACCAUAAGGUUAGCAUCCACAGUCGCAGCCGCCUUCCCCUACGCCUCCGCCCACGCGCGGUGGCUGCAGGACGUCUCCGCUCCUCCCCCUCCCCCCAUUGUCUCUCCUCCCCCUCCCCUUGGGACGGUUUCUCCCCCUCCGCCUGUCGCCGCGGCUUCGACCGCGUCUCCUCCACCGCCCGACUCCUCCUCCCCUCCGCCACCUACCCCCUCCCCUCCGCCUCCUAUCCCCUCCCCUCCCCCGCCCACUACCUCCCCCUCACCUCCGCUCUCUCCUCCUCCUUCACCUCCUUUGUCCCCCCCGCCCUCACCGCCGCUCUCUCCACCUCCCACUCCCCCCUCUCCCCCGCCCUCCCCUCCCCCGACUCCUCCGCCUCCCCCUUCCCCGCCUCCGCCGCCUCCCCCGCUGGGAACCUGCCCCGCACCGUUCACAGUCGGCGCGAGCUGCACCAACUGCACCACGGCCGGCGGCUGUAUCUGCGAUUCGUUCGGCGUGUGCCGGCCGACCUGCAGCUACGUGCCAGGCGUCGACUACAAGUCGCCCACGUGGCGGCGCGCGUGCAACACGUGCCCCAGCAAGCGGCCAAGGCGGGGAAGGACGGGUGUGUGUGUUCGCCGUCCAAGGGCAAGUGCGUGCCGUUCUGCAACGAGAAGGACGGCUUUAAGUGCGCCAACUCCGACUCCGGCGAGGGCUACUGCCGCGCGGGGCUGUGCUACGACAUCUGCGCCAUCGCCACCAAGUCUGCUUAUGCUCUGCUGGUGCGUGCAAACCGCAGUGUCAACUACCCAAUGCCGAGGGAGGAGAAUGUUUCGAUGGAUGUGACAGUGGAGGGCCGUGCAGACGCCGGAUCCCCGGUCGCCGCGUCGAUUCCCGAUCCGCUGACGUCACGCGCGAUUCGGCUGGUGUACAAGGAUGAGCAGGGCGUGUUUCGAAUGGACCCCGAAGCCGUCAGCGCGCUGCGGCGACUGCGAGGACCCCUCGGGCUGCUGGGUCGCAGCAGCGGGUUCACAGUGGGACCCACGCACCGGCCGUGCACCAAGGGCCUGUGGAUCUGGAGCUCGCCGGUUAAAGUCACGGCGCCGGACGGAUCCUCGUACCACCUGCUGCUGCUGGACUCAGAGGGCAUCGACGCGUACGAUCAGACGGUGAGACGGUUAAAUGGCCAGGGUGGGGGAGGGGAUGAAGCACCGGCCGUGCACCAAGGGCCUGUGGAUUUGGAGCUCGCCAGUCAAAGUCACGGCUCCGGACGGGUCCUCGUACCACCUGCUGCUGCUGGACUCAGAGGGCAUCGACGCGGCACAUACAGCACGCAGAUCUUCUCUCUGGCAGUGCUGCUGUCAUCGCUCUUCGUGUACAACCAGAUGGGCGGCAUCGAUGAGUCGUCCCUGGACCGCCUCUCCAUGGUCACCGAGAUGACCAAGCACAUCCAAGUGCGCGCCAACUCUGCUUCAGCAGCGGGAACAGGAGGAGGAGCGGGGGGGGCAGCGGGGUCGUCUUCUGUCACGCAGGAGCUGGGGCUCUUCUCGCCAGUGUUCUUCUGGCUGCUGAGGGUGAGUUUUUGCGGACGGGCGGGUGAUCACCCCCGGGACUACCUCCUGUUUUUCCUCCACUCCUCUCUCGACCUCCAUUCACACUGCAUUGCCUCUUCUCCUCUCUCGCGCACCCCCCUCCCCUCUCCGCAGGACUUCUACUUUGAUCUCACAGAGGACGGCCAGAUGAUCACCCCGCGGGACUGCCUUCUGUCUUUUCCCCUUUCCCCUGCCAUUCACACUCCAUCGCUGCUUCCCUCCUCCCCCCCCUCUCCACAGGACUUCUACUUUGAUCUCACGGAGGAUGGCCGGGUGAUCACCCCACGGGACUAUCUGGAGACAGCGCUGCAGUCCAUGGCAGAGGGAUCUGAGUCUGCGCGGGCUAAGAACCAGAUCCGCGAGUCCAUCCGCUCGCUCUUCCCCGAUCGUGACUGCUUCGCUCUCGUUCGCCCCAUCAGCAACGAGCGCCUACUGCAGAAGCUAGACCACCUGCCGGUGAGUUUUGAGAUGGAGCAGCUGCGCCCGGAAUUCAAGCAGAGGUUUGACGCGUUCACCCAGGCAGUGUUUGCAGUUGCUCGCCCCAAGAGGAUGGACCAGCUCCGCCCGGAGUUUAAGCAGGGGCUUGACUCCUUUACCCAGGCAGUGUUUGCCCGUGCUCGCCCCAAGAGGGUGGGCGGCACAGUCAUGACAGGGCCGAUGCUGGCUGGGCUCACUCAGGCGUAUAUCCAGGCACUCAUAACGGGGCUGUUCCCACCAUUCUCAACUCCUGGCUGGGCAGCACUGCAAGCAGCGGAGGCGGCUUUCAGGGAGGAGGCGGUGGGGGAGGGGCAGGCCCGACACAAGUACGAGGAGAAGCUGCGGGAGGAGGCUGGGAAGAGGUUCGAGCAGAAUGUGCUAAAGCGGGUGGCAGCAGAGGCAGAAGUGAGGUGCAAACGGUACCUGGAUGCACUAGAAGCCAAGGACGUGUUGAAGCGAGUGGCAGCAGAGGCGGAGGUGAGGUGCAAGCGGUAUCUGGAUGCACUAGAGGCCAAAGUCAAGGGGCUCGCCAGGGGGCCUCCCCGGGCGGCGACUGCUGACUUGGUGCGCGCGCUGAUUGCUGAGCUGGCGGCGUACGAGUCGUCCAUGUCGGGCGCUGCCAAGUGGCGCUGCUUGUCAGCAUUCCUUGUCGCCAGUGAAACUGCUGCUCUCUGGAAUGUCUCUAGAUCAGCUGAAAAGGAGGUUGCCGAAGCAAAGCAGCAAGCCUCGUCCGCACUCAAAGACAAGCAGGCCGCCGAGGCUCGGGCGCUCGCCGAAGCUGCGGCCGCGGCUCGGGAGGCCGCCGCAGCUGAGGACUGGAAGAAACGGGUGGCUUCCGUGGAAGGACAGCUGGCAGACGCUAAUAGGCUGAUUGGCGAAGGGAGGGAGGAGAGGGAGAGGAUGAGGAAGGAGAUGGAGGAGGGGAGGAGGAGGGCGGAUGAGCGAGAGAGGGAGUGUGUUGAGUUGAGAAAGGAAUUGGAGAGAGUGAGGGAGGGCGGGGAGAAGGAGGUGAGGAGAGUGAGUGGGGAGGCUGAGAGGGUCAAGGGGCAGCUUGAGGAGGCGAAGAGGAGGGUGGGGGAGGAGCAAGGGGAGAAGGUGAAGUGGAGGGGAAUGUAUGAGAAGGAGGUAGGGGAGGGGAAGAGGGAGGUGGAGAAGGUGGUUGGAGAGAGGGAUGGGCUGAGAGGGGAGGUGGAGAGGGAGAGGCAGAGGAGGCAGGCGGAAGUGGCUGCGAUUCAGAAGGAGAAGGUCGAGUUGGAGAAGCAGUUGCGAGCAGAGGCGUCUAAAGCAGCAGCAGAGGCGAGCGAGCUGAAGAUCAAGCUGGAGUCGCAGGCAGCAAGGCUGGCAGCAACAGAAAAGGCACUGGUGGAAACGAAGGCGAGGGAGAGGCAAGCUGAGGAGAGUAUGAGGGAGGCGAGCAGGACGGCUGGCAGUGCAAGCAAGAGCGUGCAGGCUGCACGGGAGGCGAAGGCUGCAGCGGAGGCAGCGACAGAGCAGAUGGAGCGCCAGCUGCGUCAGGCUGAGUCAGCACGCACUGCUGCUGAGCUGGCAGCCCGGCGUGAGGCUGAGCUGGCACGCCAGGCUGGCAUUCGCGCUGACUCAGCAGCGAAAGAUCUCCAGAUGGCAAUGGAGGAGGCCCAGGUGGCACAGUCAGCAGCUGAGGUGGCAGGAAAGAGGGCGGAAGCUGCGGAAAGGAGAGCUAGAGAGGUUGAGAGGGACUUAGAGGGGUUGAGAUUGAGGGCAGCGGAACGGGAGGAGGAGGGGAAGGGGAAGGUGGAAGGUAUGGUGAGGGAGAUCGAGGAUUUGAGAGGAGAAGUGGGAAGGAGGAAGGAGGAGGUUGGAGAAACAAUGGCGAUGCUGGCUGUGUGUGAGGUGGAGAGGGAGGGGUGGAGGAGAAAGGAGGGAGAAGCUAGGAGUGAGAUGGUGCGGUUGGAUGGGGAGUUAGAGAGGUUGAGACAGGUGGUGGAGGGAAUGGGGGUGGAGAUGGGGGUGGUGAGGAGCGAGAAGGAGGAGAUGAAGGGGGUGGUGAGAGUGAGAGAGGAGGAGGUUUUGCGGUUAAGAGGGAUGCUGGAGGUGGCUAUGAGGGGGAAUCAGGAGAGGGAGAGGGAGAGGGGGAGAGGGGAGGGGAGAGGGGGUGAUGGGCAGGGAGAGGGGGGGGAGGAGAUGGAGUUGGAGGAGGGAGAGGAGGCGGGGAGGAAGAGGAAGAGGGCAAGACUGGGGACGGGUGCUGCUGGGGAAGGUGGUAUUGCAGGGGAGGGUGUUGCUGCUGGGGAAGGUGGGACUGGUGGAGAGGGAGGUGCAGGUGAGGCAGGGUUAACUGGUGUAGGUGGUACUGCCGGGGGUGUUGCAGGGGCGGGGUUGGAAGGGGCGGGUGAUAGUGCUGUGACAGGCGAUGCUGCAGGCACAGCGGGAGCGGCAGCAGGGGGAGAAGUGGGCAAGCGGAGAGGCAGGGGCGCAGGCAAGAGAGCAACUGCUGCUGUAGCUGCUGCCGCUGGCGCAUCUGGGGCAGCAGUGCCAACAGACUCAGCAGCAGACGGGGAAGCAGGAGCAAGGGGCGCGCCAACUCCCACAGCGUCAGGCAACACAGGAUUUGAGUCAGCGCAGGCAACCGGGCAGGGCAGCGAAAUGGACAUGGAUUCAGCCUCGUUCGGAGGGGUGUUUGGUGCUGGAGGGGUGAAGGGACACACUGAAGGGGACGAGGCUGAGAGUAGCAAGGGGGGGAGGGGAAGAGGGAGGCCAAGGAGGGGUGGUGGAGGGAGGAGGGGGAGAGGGAGGCCGGCGGCUGGGGUGGGGGCCGUGACGGCUGCUGACGUGGCGGGGGAGUCUGACGUGGCGAAGAGGCGGAGGGAGAUUGCAAUGAAGAUGACGAAGAGUGAGUUGAAGGAUCGGUUGACGGAUGAGGGGAGGGGGCUGGAUGUGCUGGAAAUGAGGACGCCGACCAAGGGGCAGCUGGUAGAUUUGUUUGUGAAGUUUGUUCGCGAGUGA